GACAAUAAGCAAGAAGCACAAGCUACGAUUAGUGUGACCGAUGGAAAUGAGUUGCAAACCAGUCAAGUGGAAGAUGACUCCACGGUGAUCAAAAAGACCGAAACUGAGUCAGUUGUUGACAGUACCGAGACGGUGCAGCCAUCGGGCGACGUGUCGAAACAUGAAGAGGAAACUUCAAGCGAAAUAGCAAAGGAGAUGCCGAUUGAUGUGGAACACAAAAGUGAAGAUUCGGAUUCAGAAGAUGAAGAAAUUGAUGUGGUGAACGAUAGCGGCGAUGAACAGAUUAAUACGUUGCUGAAGAAAUGUGAAGAAAAUUCGAACGGAAAUGAAGAAUUGAAAUUUGAUGAUGAGUAUUUGGCAAGUUUGUGUGAGAGUGAGCGAAACGGUUUUCGUGAAUUGUUGUUGUAUAUGAGGAAGAAUUUGCGAUUCCGUACGAAACUACAGCCAUCCGAAGCGAUCACCGAUUGUGACAGAUUGCUGAUUACUUUUGAGGCUGUACUCAAUCAUGAAAUUGAUGCGCAGAAACUAGUGGAGAUUCAGAACAAACAGAAAUUGGCCAAAGAUUUGGUUUGCUUCACUCUAUUGUAG